AUGAAGACUCUUCUCCUCCUCUCUGCCCUUGUCCUGCUGGCCCUUCAGGCCCUGGCUGAUCCUCUGCCAGAAGCAACUGAGGUGGCUAAAAAUGAGGAGCAGUCAGGAGUAGAGGACCAGGAAGUGUCCAUCUCCUUUGGAAGCCCUGAAGGCUCUGUUCUUCAAGGUGUAGCUGCACCAGGCGUGAAUUGCCACUGUAGAAAAAAGUCCUGCAGACAUCAUGAACAGGUCUCUGGGGUUUGCCACUUAGGUCUAAUAAAUGGUGUACUCUGCUGCCGCUGA